GCCGUAUCAUACUCGUAUGAUCCCAUGCCAAUCUCCUCCGAUGCCCACGAGCAAACCCUUUGGUCUCACUCCCACUCCACACUCCACCACCACCACUUCGACCCUCUACCGUGUUCCUGUCCUCUCCUCACAUCCGCAACCCCUUCAUCACCCCUCCUCUCCGCCUACCCCGGCAUUUAAUUGCUUUACCUCUCAUCUUUCCUAACUCCCUUUUACCGCUUUUGACAAAAUCAUGAGCUCCCUUGCUCUGCGAAGGCUUGCAUCUUCGCCGGUUAGUUCAAGAUGCAACCUUUACUCCCCCAGCUAUAAACCAAUUCCAUGUGACGAAGGCUAAUCCGAGCGCUGCAACAUAGAUUCUGCAGGUAGCAAGAUUGCAAACCCGUUCGUUCCACGCAACUAGAUCAGCCGGUGGGUAGUACCUCGAUCACAGUUCCAAUCAGGUUCCCCAUUGUAUCCCGCCCACCAUCGCGGGGACCCCUCGUUCUCGCGAAAUCCCAUCUCUGACAAAGCUUCUAUAAUAGCGAAAAUAUUUGCCCCCGGGCCGCUCCGUGCCAAAGAAGCUUCCCCUCAUGUUUCUCCCAAGUAUCCUGUCGUGGUAUGUUUUUGGUUAUCUGUUUCACCGCUACGGAUUUUCGUCUUUUCUCUUUUUCUAAGCUCUUGUUAGGAUCAUGAAUACGACGCCAUUGUCGUGGGAGCUGGUGGCGCCGGUCUUCGUGCGGCUUUCGGGCUUGCGGAGGCGGGUUUUAAUACGGCUUGUGUAUCCAAGCUCUUCCCCACUAGAUCACAUACUGUAGCUGCUCAGGGCGGCAUCAAUGCCGCGCUUGGAAACAUGCACCCAGAUGAUUGGAGAUGGCAUAUGUACGAUACAGUGAAAGGAUCGGAUUGGCUCGGUGACCAGGAUGCUAUCCAUUAUAUGACCAGAGAAGCCCCGGCUUCUGUGAUUGAGCUGGAGAAUUACGGAUGUCCUUUUGUGAGUCUCUUUUUUAUUUACCUAGAUAUACAUACUACCAUUGUGUUUGUUACCAAUGAAAGCUGAUUGGGGCAAUAGUCGAGAACGGAGGACGGAAAGAUAUAUCAGCGUGCGUUUGGUGGGCAGUCGCAGAAAUAUGGCAAGGGAGGCCAAGCAUAUAGGUGUUGCGCCGCGGCAGAUAGGUAACGGUUCCCUCCCCGGCGCUUGUAUACGAUCCCAACCGACAAAUAUUCCUAACCAAUGCCCGCAGGACCGGCCAUGCCCUCCUACAUACUUUGUACGGGCAAUCGCUGAGACACAACACAAAUUAUUUCAUUGAAUACUUCGCAAUGGACCUCUUAAUGGAAGACGGCGAGUGUGUGGGCGUCAUUGCCUACAACCAGGAGGAUGGCACCCUCCACAGGUUCCGAGCCCAUAGAACAGUCCUAGCUACCGGUGGGUACGGGCGUGCAUACUUUUCAUGCACUUCUGCUCACACAUGUACCGGCGAUGGUAUGGCAAUGGUGGCUCGGGCAGGACUGCCGAACCAGGAUCUGGAAUUCGUUCAGUUCCAUCCAACCGGAAUCUAUGGUGCAGGGUGCUUGAUUACCGAAGGAUCUCGUGGCGAAGGGGGAUAUCUGUUGAAUUCUGAGGGUGAGAGAUUCAUGGAGAGAUAUGCCCCAACUGCGAAGGAUCUCGCGAGUCGGGACGUAGUCUCCAGAAGCAUGACACUAGAAAUUAGAAACGGCAGAGGUGUUGGUCCUGACAAGGACCAUCUAUACCUUCAGCUAAGCCAUUUGCCAGCCGAGGUUCUCCAUGAACGCCUCCCUGGUAUUUCGGAGACCGCGGCCAUCUUCUCUGGCGUUGACGUCACCAAGUCACCCAUUCCGGUGUUGCCCACCGUCCAUUAUAAUAUGGGCGGUGUCCCCACCCGCUACACUGGUGAAGUUUUAACUGUUGACGAGAACGGUAAUGACAAGGUUGUUCCCGGCCUUUUCGCCGCCGGUGAGGCAGCCUGUGUUUCAGUCCACGGUGCCAACCGGCUCGGGGCAAAUUCACUUCUCGAUCUCGUUGUUUUUGGCCGUGCCGUUGCUCACACCAUCCGCGACACCCUAACCCCAGGAGCCCCACUAAAGCCAGUAUCGGCCGAUAUCGGUGCCGCCUCUAUUGCCAACCUAGACAGGAUCCGCAACUCGACCGGUUCUAAGAGCACCGCUCAGAUUAGACUUGACAUGCAAAAGACCAUGCAGGCCGACGUUUCGGUCUUCAGGACACAGGAAAGCUUGGAUGAGGGUGUUGGAAAGAUUCAAAAGGUUGACGCCAGCUAUCGUGAUUUAGGAAUUAAAGACCGCAGCAUGAUCUGGAACUCUGAUCUCGUCGAGGCACUCGAACUUGACAACCUUCUAACGUGCGCCACUCAAACCGCACAUGCGGCCGCUGCGAGAAAGGAAUCUCGUGGAGCACACGCGAGAGAAGAUUAUCCUGAGCGUGAUGAUAAGAAGUGGAUGAAGCAUACGCUGUCGUGGCAGAAGGAGCAGCGCGGCAAGGUUGACCUGAAAUACCGUUCGGUCGUUGCAAAUACCCUAGAUGAGAGUGUGUUCUUCCUCCCUUUGUAUCUACUUGAACCUUGCUAAUCAUGUCACAGAGGAGUGUGCGGCAGUCCCACCUUUCAAGCGUGUGUACUAAACAAAACCAAGAUCAGAUUCAAAUCAAGGAAUGCAGCUACGUGGGAAGAAGGAUCAACGGUGUUUUCUGUAGAUGGAUCAAUUAACUAUAGUUUUUCAUUCCCCCCCAUUUUCCUAUUACCCUUGCUCUCUUUUUUUUUUUCUUUUUAUCUGGUUUUUCAAUUGGGGUUGCAUUGUAGAUGUCGGAAUAAAAUACGGUUAAUCGAACGUGGGAGGGCAGGAUUUUUCUGAUCAUUGAUGUUUUUUUCCGAGUGAGAAUAUAUGCUCGGGUGAGAUGGGAUAUUUUGUUGGCGAGAUCCUUGCUCCGUUUAUACGGCGGAUUCUGUAUUCUUGCUGUACGGUACCCAUACCAAUCGCAGAUGAUACAAG